AUGAUACAAGAGCCACUUGUUUCUGUAAACUUGGCCACAGUGUCUAUGGAAGCUUUCUUCUAUGGUAUCUUCUUCGUUCUAUCGACCACUUCAAUAUAUCUUCUUGUCCUCAAGCAACGAGCAUCCAUCGGCCCUCUCCGAGCAACUCCUCCGCCGUUGCACCGCAAUCCGAUGUUCAUUGGCGCAAUUGCGCUGUCUACCACCAUCACAGCUCACUGGAUACUGACUGUCACCCGGUCUUUUGAUGCCUUCGUAUAUCAUGAAGGAGGGUCAAAUCCAAUUGGGUUCUUCGGCAAUCUCAAGCAGACGACCGAAGUCGUCAAGACCGGGUUCAUAAUGGCCACACUGGUUAUCGGUGACUCGAUGGUCAUUUAUCGUCUUUGGAUUAUUUGGAACUAUCGCUCAGCCGUUAUCAUCUUUCCGUUGUGCACCUUAGUCGGUUUGACUGUAUGUGGGGUUGGGAUCACGUAUCAAUUUAGCCAGUAUGAUCCAGGCGAAGAUGUCUUUCUAUCUGCGGCCGGCCGCUGGAUCACCAGCGAUUGCGUGUUCACGCUCUGCACAAAUGUUUAUAGUUCAUUUAUGAUCACCUUGCGUGUCUGGCGUUCAUACGUUUCGAUAAGAAACUAUGCUGGCGCAAAUUUACUGGGAGUCCUUGCAACGAUCAUCGAAAGUGCUGCUUUGUACACCUCAUGGACCAUCUUCUUUUUCGUCACCUAUCAAACUGGCUCCAACCUACAGUUUACAGCGGUCGACACCUUCGCCGUCAUCAGCGGCAUCUCUUUUAUGUUGAUCAAUGUCCGAGUCGGACUGGGUUGGGCGCAUUUAGCCUCGCAAGGCUCCGUCCAAAGUCAUUCAGGGGCAGGACAUAAUCAGCAGCGCUCUGUGGAGUCCCAACCGUAUCCGAUGAAGCCCCUCGCGGUCAACAUCAGUACAGUGGUACAUCAGGAGGACGAGUACACGGUGGGUAAUGGGAAAUGCUCGAGUGCAGGCAUAUCCCUGGAGGCUGUCUAGAUUCUGACCUAAAUAUGCCGCUUGCUCUGUUACCUCACCAUUCUUUAUGCCUACAUGCCCCAUACUCUCGAGCUACUCCCUUCAUCAUCAUGUAUGUAUCGAUAUUCAGAUAAU